UCACUAACUGAAACAGAUCUGCGAUACACCCCCCCCCAACCAAAAAAAAGAAAAACACCCACAGUUACUCUAUUUUGGUCUAUUUAUUGUCCGUGAACAAAUGAUUGUGUGGCUGUCACAAAACAUACAGGAGAUGCAGAGAUGGGCGUGACGUGGGGAAGACAGGACAAGAGAAAGGAGGGAUAAAGUGGAGGUGAAUCCUGAAUGGUGGGUUAGGGUUUGUGAGGUAGAGAGCAGAGCAGAGGCUGGAGCGGGAGGCUGGAAGAUGGCAAGAUGGCACGGUUACGACUCAAAGAUUUAGGUGGAAAUUUCCCCGGGCAAAACAGAAAUAUUUCCCAUCGAGGAUGCUCGGAAGGAAGGAGAUUCUUGUGGCGGGUUUGGGGUGCUCGUUGGUUUUUGGCUGCUAGUGAAAUGUGCGUCUUUAGAUACAGGCAACAUUCCUGCAGAGAUAAAACCCUGGGCCCCCUCACCCCGCCCUCCCCCGUCUCUCCACCCACCGAACUGGGUCCGGCUUACUCAAGUGUGUGCGCCUGUGCGGGGGUGUGUGCCCGUGUUUACGUGCCCUGCGUGGUGGCACUCGCAGGGGGGGCAAUUGGAAAGACAUCUUUCAGUUUGGGAGAAACAGAACGUAAGAAAGACAGCGGAGGGCCAACAGGCAUGCCAGCCAAGACCGUCACUUUCGGAACAGAUGCCGGCAACAGUUUUCUCCGAGUGGCCCGUUCUGGCAACCUGGACAAGGCCCUGGAACAUAUUAAGAAUGGCAUUGAUAUAAAUACAGCCAAUCAGAAUGGGCUCAACGGGCUUCAUCUUGCGUCAAAAGAAGGCCACGUCAAAAUGGUGCUGGAAUUACUUCACAACGGAAUUGUACUGGAGACCACUACAAAGAAAGGAAACACGGCGCUGCACAUUGCGGCCCUGGCCGGGCAGGAGCAGGUGGUCGCAGAGCUGGUGAACUACGGGGCCAACGUCAACGCUCAGUCCCAGAAGGGUUUCACUCCACUCUACAUGGCUGCACAAGAAAACCAUCUAGAGGUUGUGAAGUUUCUUCUGGAGAACGGGGCUAAUCAGAGCAUUCCAACGGAGGAUGGAUUCACUCCUCUGGCGGUGGCUUUACAGCAGGGCCAUGAAAAUAUCGUAGCCCUGCUCAUCAACUACGGCACCAAGGGGAAGGUCCGCCUCCCCGCGCUGCACAUUUCGGCACGCAAUGACGAUACACGCACGGCUGCGGUUCUUCUGCAGAAUGACCCAAACCCUGAUGUGCUCAGCAAGACUGGAUUCACACCCCUCCACAUUGCUGCACACUAUGAAAACUUGAACGUUGCUCAACUUCUUCUCAACAGAGGAGCCAAUGUCAAUUUCACCCCGAAGAACGGCAUCACCCCUUUGCACAUCGCAUCUCGACGGGGAAAUGUGAUCAUGGUCCGACUCCUCCUCGACAGGGGGGCGCAAAUAGAUGCCAAGACCAAGGAUGAGCUCACUCCUCUGCACUGUGCAGCGAGAAAUGGUCACGUCAGAAUAAUAGAAAUUCUUCUUGACAACGGGGCCCCCAUCCAGGCCAAGACCAAGAAUGGCCUGUCUCCAAUCCACAUGUCGGCACAGGGGGACCACGUAGACUGCGUCAAGCAGCUUCUGCAGUAUAACGCAGACAUUGAUGACAUCACGCUGGACCACCUGACACCUCUUCACGUGGCCGCACAUUGUGGACACCACCGAAUGGCAAAGGUUCUGCUGGACAAGGGGGCCAAACCCAACUCUCGAGCGCUGAACGGCUUUACUCCUUUGCAUAUUGCGUGCAAAAAGAACCACAUGCGCGUGAUGGAUCUUCUGCUCAAACACGCAGCAUCACUCGAGGCUGUGACCGAGUCCGGCUUGACGCCGUUGCAUGUGACGUCUUUCAUGGGCCACCUCAACAUCGUGAAGAUCCUGCUGCAGAAAGGAGCGUCGCCCAGCGCUUCUAAUGUGAAAGUUGAAACCCCCCUCCAUAUGGCAUCCCGGGCAGGACACUUUGAGGUGGCAGAGUUUUUACUACAGAACGCCGCACCGGUGGACGCCAAAGCCAAGGAUGACCAAACACCGCUGCAUUGCGCCGCUCGAAUGGGCCACAAGGAGAUUGUGAAGCUGCUGUUAGAGCACAAAGCCAAACCCAACUCCACGACCACAGCAGGGCACACGCCUCUCCACAUCGCUGCCCGGGAGGGCCACGCGCAAACCGUGCGCAUCCUUUUGGACAUGGAAGCGCAGCAAACCAAGAUGACGAAGAAAGGCUUCACUCCGCUUCACGUGGCUUCCAAGUACGGCAAGGUAGAUGUGGCGGAGCUGUUGCUGGAGAGAGGAGCUAACCCUAAUGCUGCUGGGAAGAACGGUCUGACUCCACUGCACGUCGCUGUGCAUCACAACAAUCUGGAUGUUGUCAACCUGCUUGUCAGCAAAGGGGGGUCUCCACACAGUGCCGCCAGGAACGGCUACACCGCCCUGCACAUUGCAUCCAAGCAGAAUCAGAUGGAGGUGGCGACCAGCCUGUUGCAGUAUGGAGCUUCGGCCAAUGCUGAAUCUCUACAGGGCGUCACACCUCUCCACCUGGCCUCGCAGGAAGGACGCCCCGACAUGGUCUCUCUGCUCAUCUCCAAACAGGCUAAUGUCAACCUUGGCAACAAGAGUGGACUGACGCCGCUCCAUCUUGUGGCACAGGAGGGACAAGUUGGCAUUGCUGACAUCUUAGUGAAGCAGGGAGCAUCGGUCUAUGCAGCCACACGGAUGGGCUACACCCCUCUCCAUGUAGCGUGUCACUAUGGCAACAUCAAGAUGGUGAAGUUCCUGCUGCAGCAACAGGCCAACGUCAACAGCAAAACACGGCUCGGUUACACGCCCCUGCACCAGGCCGCCCAGCAAGGACACACAGAUAUUGUGACGCUGCUGCUGAAGCACGGAGCGCAGCCCAACGAGACGACAACGAAUGGGACGUCGGCGCUCGCCAUCGCCAAGAGGCUGGGCUACAUCUCCGUGAUUGACGUGCUCAAGCUCGUGACGGAGGACACCGUUUCCAUGACCACCACAGAGAGACACCGAAUGAGUUUCCCAGAAACAGUGGAUGAGAUACUGGAUGUGUCCGAGGAUGAAGGACUUGCGCAGCUAACAUUAGGAGAGGAGCUCCUGGGGACCGAAGGGGCCAGGUACAUGAAGAUGGAUGACAUGAAAGACCAUGAUGACGAUUUCCUCUCCCCCAAGAAAUCACUGGAGUACGAGAGAGGGCUGGGCACAGCAAAUUACUCUCCAGCCAUUCCGAGGAUUCCGCGUGUUUCUCCCGAGACAGUGAUGCUGAAAGAACACGAGCUCGAUCAGCACACUCCACUUCCGCUUCCAAAAGAGUACGAUGAAGACUCCCUGAUUCCCAGCAGCCCGGCAACCGAGACGUCAGACAACGUCAGCCCGGUCGCCAGUCCCAUACACACGGGCUUUCUGGUGAGUUUUAUGGUGGAUGCCCGCGGCGGCUCAAUGCGAGGCAGUCGGCACAACGGUCUGCGCGUCAUCAUCCCCCCGAGGACCUGCGCGGCUCCCACCCGCAUCACCUGCCGCCUGGUGAAGCCACAGAAGCUUACCAGCCCGCCGCCGCUGGUGGAGGGUGAAGGCCUGGCCAGCAGAAUCAUCUCGCUCGGCCCGGCUGGCAUGCAGUUUCUCGGACCCGUAAUUGUGGAGAUCCCUCACUUUGCUGCUCUGGGUCGUGGCGACCGCGAGCUUGUGGUGCUGAGGAGCGAGAAUGGAUCUGUGUGGAAAGAACACCGCAAUCGCUAUGGUGACGAAGUUCUCGAGACAAUCCUCAAUGGGAUGGAUGAGGAUUUGGAAAGUCAGGAGGAACUCGGGAAGAAGCGAAUUCGCCGCAUCAUCUCAACUGACUUUCCGCUUUAUUUUGCCGUCGUGUCGCGGGUCCAGCAAGAGAGCGACCUGAUCGGCCCCGAGGGAGGGUCGUUGACGAGCAAACUGGUGCCGCUGGUCCAGGCAACUUUUCCCGAGACGGCGGUCACCAAGCGAGUCCGUCUGGGGCUGCAGGCUCAGCCCGUUCCUGACGAGUUGGUGGCCAAGUUGCUCGGUAACCAAGCCAACUUUAGCCCCGUGGUGACAGUGGAGCCUCGGCGACGAAAGUUCCACCGACCCAUCGGCCUGCGCAUCCCUCUGCCCCCGUCGUGGCGGGACAGCCCCCGGGACUCUGGGGAGGGUGACACCACCAGUCUGCGGCUGCUUUGCUCCGUCAUAGGUGGGACAGCGGCAGCUCAAUGGGAAGACAUCACUGGUACCACUAAGCUUGUCUACGCGAACGAAUGUGCCAGUUUUACGACCAAUGUGUCUGCACGGUUCUGGCUCGCUGACUGUCCUCGUACAGCAGAGUCGGUCUCCUUUGCCAACUUGCUUUACAAAGAGCUUUCGGCCGUACCUUACAUGGCGAAGUUUGUGGUUUUCGCCAAGAUGAACGAGUUACGCGAAGGCCGCCUGCGCUGUUACUGUAUGACUGACGACAAGAUGGAUAAAACCUUGGAACAGCAUGAGAACUUCACAGAAGUGGCCCGCAGCAGGGACAUUGAGGUGAUGGAGGGAAUGCCGCUUCACCUGGAAUGUUCCGGGAAUCUCGUACCGGUGCGGAAGGCCGCCCAGCAGCCUCGCUGCUUCAGCUUCCAGGCCUUCAGAGAUAACAGACUCCCCGUCUCCGUGAAGGUGCGAGAUAGCAGCAAAGAGCACACUGGAUUCCUGUCUUUCCUCCGCAAGACCACCAAGUAUGAAGACAGUCAACAUGUCCUAUGCAACCUCAACAUUACCAUGCCUCCGUGUAUCAAGAUUAUUGGAAGUGAGGACCGCCGGCGAACUUUGACCCCGCUGGCUCUAAGGGAAAGAUACAGUGCCCUCAACGAACCUGCCAUGGCAUCAAUGAGUGCCAUGGAGAGGGCUGAGCUGAAGAUGGCUGUGAUUGCAGAACAGUUGGGACUGAGCUGGGCUGAGUUGGCUCGGGAGCUUCAGCUCAGUGUGGAUGACAUCAAUAAGAUCCGUGUGGAGAAUCCCAACUCCCUGCUGGAGCAGAGUUCUGCACUCCUCAACCUGUGGGCAACUCGCGAGGGCAAGAGAGCCAAAAUGGAGACCUUGUACGCGGCGCUGAAGAGCAUUGACCGCGUGGACGUCAUCACCAUGCUGGAGGGCCAACCGGCGCAGCCUAGCAGACAAGGCUCCCGUGAACUCGGCAGGCGGCAGAACGAAAGAGAACACCUCUCUCCUGCUAUGACCAAUGGUGAGCUCUCUACCCCGAAUUUGACCGUGUAAAAUCUUUCGUGCCUCCCGAACAUCCUCUGAAGACCUCUCCGAAUUCCCCCUCUCGCUGUAUGUCCCUACUCAUCUAACGAAUAUGAAUGCUGCCUUGAGACCUUUGCAGGAAGUAACCCCAGCCGAAUGCUCAUGGACUCAGGACACUCCUACUGCAGUACGAACCGUUUAGUGCUUUCCACUGGAUUAUAUGAGACAGUAUUUAGACUCAUUGGGCACAGCGUCACAAUCCAAGGAGAUCAAAAUACGAAAUAAAGAGUUACAGAGAUACAAAGAGUUGUAUCAGCAAAGAUGAUAAUGCUCAGUUUUGAUUGACACUGUGAGUAUAGAAUUGAACACUAUCUUUAGUACGGGUAUUUUAGAUUUUUGAGGUUGGGGUUUGCAAUGGUGCAGAACUGAUCUGCAUUACACUGAUAGCUGUUUAUAUUUUGGAAAGGGAGGAAACCAAAACCUAAAUAUUGUCGAAUGUAUACCUCUCUGUCAGUGCAAUAUUACCUGUGUAAAGGUAUCAUUUUCAAAAGUAGCUCCUGUAUUGGAUCUCAUCUUGGAUCCACCUACUGUUCUGAUUAUUUGUUUUAUUUUUCCUUCAGAGUUGCAAGCAUCCACCGCCGUGAUAUUCGCGCAACACAGAGCAGCACAUUGUUAUACAUGUGGAGACUGUACAUAGAUCAUAAGUGCUGCCUGUCUACCAAGCGUCAGUAGACAGUCCUUUACUUCUUUUUCUUAUGCUUUCUUUGACACACGCCUUACAUCUUAUUGACUCCAUUUUCACGAGUGGAAAGUUGGCCACUCACGUCAGGGCAAUUCUGUGAAAACUGGAGACUACGCAACAAGAUGUAACCAUGCAAAGAAAUCAGAGCCAACGAAAGGAAGAAAUCAUUUGGAUCACAUUUGGAUCAAAUGUGAUACUGAUUGCUGUCUUGUCUUGUGCUACCUGCCUCCCAAAGGCAUUUCCAGCGCUGUUGUUUUUUAAUGCAAUAGAAAUGAAUAAAUGUAUUUUUAAAGCAAAUUAAGUUGAGUGUAUAAAUUCAACUAUUUAUUAACUUUACGGAUAUAAUGCGCCAAGGGAAAAAAAAAAAACUGGACCGUGUCUUCCAACAUAAAAGUAAACAUUCGUAUACAGCAGAAAGUUGUGUAAAAAGCAGAAACACAGACAUGGAUGACAAAUCAGGGACUUGUUGCACUCAAAAUGUUUUUUUCCCACAAACAUUUGGUGUUGGGAGAUAAGGGUGCGCAGUAGAAUACAUUCUUUGUAAAAAAGAAAUAUACUAUACAGAGAGAGAAUAAAACCCCCGUCCGGAGAGAGCUUUCGAUUGUAUUUGUAUGAACGUGCGUGAAGUUGCAUGAAGGCCACUUUGAGUUUCUUCGGGGCAAAUAAUGCUGUUGGUGCUCUGAAUGUCAUUUUGGGAGCCCUGUUGUCAUUCCCUGUGAAUCUGUCCUUCUCUGUUUCUGUGGACGCAUCAUUUGCAGCCUUACUCUUCCUGCUCCUCCUCACUCCUCUCCGAACUCUGACCUCAUGCCGACCUCAUGCUGACCUCUGACCCAUAUUUUUUCUUUGAUUUACUUGCGACGUCUUUGUGCAUUUUUCUUUUGUGAUAUUUUUUAUUUUUGAAACUCCCACGUUUGUCUGUGAAUGAUUCACCUCACACAGGCUGUGCACUCAGCACCUCCUGGGAGAGGGGAGGUGACCCUCGCUCUCUCCCCUACUUUGCAUCUGUGUUCAUCACCCUCUCUUUUCUCUUUUCUCUUCCCCCACAAUGUCCUUCCCUCGCCCUGCUUGCCUUACGUGUGCAUGCCCUCCCCGCAUUUGAACGCACAUCGUGGGAUGUGAGCAGUACAGUUAGCUAGUUGGAGUUAGGUUCCCAAACAAUGCACUGAAACCGCAUGCCGCCGGUACCUUCGCAUGGCAAGCCUACUACGAAUGUUCCCGUUCGUCCUCGGCGGUCGUCAUACGGGGGAGUGAAAAAGGCGCCGAACCUUUUUUGGAAACGAUGAUCGGAGUCCGCUCCGUUCAUGUAUGAAUGUUGUGCUUUUGUGAUGGAUUCUCUGUCAACGGUGUUCAUUCAAACAGUUGUUUGCGUAAACAAUCAAAGUGUUCGACUGUAUUUGUAUCAAUUUCAUGUUGCACCUCCUCUCACACCUCCGCUUUCCCCACUUGAAAUAUUUUAAUCUGUUUGGCUCAACAUGAUGCUGCUUGAUGUCCUCCUAUAAGUGUGCAGUUUUCACUACUUUGUUUCUGUAUUAGUUACAUGUGUUUACAGUACUGUGCAAAAAGCCCACGAUUAGCUCUGUUGUUUUAGCAAUCCUGCAACGGCCCUAUCUGCAGUAUAUAUCGUAACUAGAAUGUAGUAGACGACAGAGCCCUGCCACGACCAACACAAAUGUGUUUGUUUGUUGAUUCGCAGCUUGUACUUCUGGUUUCACAAAGGGUGACAAAUAGAGGGAUGUGCCAUUCGGAUUCUGGGACCAGUUGGGGAUGAACUGUUCCUAUGACAUCAUCGAAGUUCAAUGGCUUCAAAUGAAUGUCUGUCUCAAACCUCUGGGGGUGUCCAAACGACAGCCCAGGGGCCAUUUGCGGUCCUCUGUCCAUUUUUUUAAUGGCCCGCGCCAUAUACUAAAAUGAGUAUUUGACACAGCCCGCAACACUACAUUAUAUAUAUAUAUAUAUAUAUAUAUAUAUAUAUAUAUAUAUAUAAAAUCCCAAAUUCUUUGGUCAAGCACCUUUGAUAGGAAGCUUGUAUGUGGAGGUUUUUCAAAAAUAGCUAGACCAUAAAUGAAAAACAAUAUAUAAUUGCUUGAUGAAGAUGAAUUAAAGUUGAAGAAUAUAAAACUGGCCCUUGCAUCCUUAGAUUUUUCUGCACGCGGCCUUUGAAGGAAGACGUUUGGACACCCUUAAUGUAGAUCCUCACCAGACAUGUAUUUCCUUGACCUUGCACCAUACACCUUACUACAAAGUUUUUUUGAGGCAAUCUUUUUUUUAGUAAGUAAUCCUGCUAACUGUAGCUUUCCUUUUAUCAAAGUAAAAGCUCAUUAAAACAAGAAAGUUAGCGAAGACUUUUGCACAGUAAUGUAAAUUUCACAUCAUUUUCAAUGCUUCGUUGUGUUAAUUCAUUUUAUUGAAUUGAUCACACGGUCACGCCGCCUGUUUUGCAUCUCUUUUUUUUUCAACAUUUGUUGAUUUCCUACCAGGAAGAGAGGAAGCUUGAUAACUAACUUGUUACGCUGCAUUGCAGACUGCUGGGAAAAACAAAACAAUAAGCCUGAUGACCUCAGUAAGUGUGUUUAGGGUUAUGUUCAAAUCUCAUAGCUAUGCGACAAAUCUUUUAUGCAUUGUUGACACAGCCAUGAUAGAGUGACAUCUUUAUACCAAUUUCCAUGCAGAACGGGUUGUGAUACAUGCAGUUAUUUAGUAUCACAGUUUUCUGGAGCAGCGAACUGCUCAUUUGCUAUUUGUAAGUAGAGCAGUGCCGUAACUAUGACUUUAGGUCCGUUUUUAUUGGAAACUAGCAAAGGGAAUGACAGUAAUUACAUUCCCAAUCUAUUUGUAAUCACUACAAUACACUGUAUAAAGUAAAAUGGAGCAAAAUGCCAAACUUGUUGUAAACAAGUUUGGCAUUUUUAAACUGGAUGUAACGAGCAAUAGGUAUUUGUGUCUGUGAUCGUAGUGCAGCAGUUUGGAGUCUGCGAGUUAGCGUAGCACGUAGGUCGCGAGGUGGUUGAGGUCGCGAGUUGUCUCAGAUGUCCACUGCGCUCUCAGCACUGCUCAAGUAUGAAGUGAAUGAAACGCUGACACAUUGGUGUCCUCUUGCUCUCUUUCUGCUGCGCAUGAGCACAUGCUCGCAUAUUCCUCCUAUUUCACCGUCUUGCGUUUUGAGCCAAAAGCAGUUCUAGUCUUAUUUUGGGGGGAAACGACCCAAAAAAACUCAUGCUCUGCUACCGUGCCUGUCUGUGUACAGUAUAUUUAUCACAGAUGUGGGAGUGACCUGAGUCCACAGCCAUUCCACUCAUGUGAUUUAACUACUGAUUUAAAUACUGAAUAUCGUCUGUCACAACAGUGGGAACGCCAACCCUCCAACUCUCGUCUACCUUUAAGCUUAAAGGUUUCUAGCGCUCUCAUUUUGAUUGAAUCAAAGACUUUAAGACCCCAAAGAGAGUGUGUGUGUGUGUGUGUGUGUGUGUGUGAGAUUGAGAUCGCCUGCAUGCAUGCUUUCCAGCCUGACAGCAAUAUUAACCUGCCUGUUAUCUUCGAGUGGGUGUAAGGCAUGCAGAAGUGUGAUGGAGAUGGAGAUGGAGAUGGAUGAGAGGGACACGUCGAGAGCGGGUCGAUGACGGCAUGUCGGACGGGCCAAUCAGCUCGAUUUGGGGGCUGUAACUGCUGUGGUCUCCCUGCAGGUGGCAGCCAGCAGAGCAGCAUCAGUCUCGAGUGGGCCUCAGUCUGACCUUGUUGGUCCAUUAUGCGUCUGCUGCUGCUACGAAUGCCUGUCCCCCACCCCACCCCCCAUCUUCUAGAAAUCCCUGCUCUUAUUUCCUCAGCACUUUGCACUUUAUUUCCUUUCUGAUUGUCUUUGCUCGUUCCUGAAUUGCCUUCCUACUCCUUUUCCAUUUGUUUCCCCUUCAGCCUCCUCUACCCCUCCCCAGUUUGCCCAGCUCCUGGGCAAAGGGGCACUCUCCCCCUC